UUCCCAUGAUGCUAUUGACAACAGGCGCAGGAAGUGGCGCGCAACGGUUGAAAAUCUGUCACACAACAAAGUUCGACAGACAUAUAUGAAUCUACAAACCUGACGCGGUGACAAGUCUAUCGAACAUUUAAAACUCUCUGACAACAAAAGAAAAGAGGCGAGUUUGUUCGGGAAUAGCAAGAGCGUCCUCUCAAGAUGUCGCUUGUGAGAGGAGGGUGUCGACCGCAACAAAACAAGACGAAAAAGACUGUUGUUCGGCCCAAGAAGACAGCCCCCCCUCCCAAAAGAGAGUGGGUGAGCACUGUUAAUGACUUGUCGGUGCACAAACUCACACCUGCAGAGCUGAAUCAUCGCCACGAGAUCCGCAAGUCCCACAACAAGGCUGCCGCUCAGUGGGAGCUGAGAGAGAAGGCUCUAAAAGGCCGUCUUUUUAGGCAGGCCGGUUCUAGUCCUGCUUCCCUAGAUCAAUCCAGUCUCACAAUCUUAAGAGAGGUGUUUUCUGACAAGCUGCUGCUGCAGGAUGUGCUGGCUCACUCCGACAGAGCCAUGGCUCUUGUUAAGAACAUAUUUGGAGAUGCGCCGCGCAAGCAGACAGGACAUCCAUGUGUGACCAUGGUUCCGAGUUCACACUCCCCUCCAACUCGGCUGUCUCUUUUUGGCAAGUCUAUGCUGGAUCAACAGGUUCUCAGUGAGCCAGAGGAUGACUACUACAAUGAAGAUACUUCCAGGUCCAGCCUAACCCAAAGGAAAAUGAAGGCAAAGAAUAAGUUGGCAGGGGUUCAGCACCAAAAGGUCCAUCGUGGUCUAUCCAAACAGGCAUUUAGUAGCCCUCAGACUCCUUGCGCGUCAGCCAGAGCGCCAGCACUAACAGCUCUCAAUGCCACACUGGAAGUGCAGCGUUUAAGAUCCAGACAGAACCAGUCACAGGAAACCCCUGAGGAGUCUUCCUUACUUGCCUCCCAAGUCCUCAGCCCCGAGCUGUCUCCGAGGCAAGCAGGCAGCGGUCGUCCCGCCAGGACCAGGAAGCAUGUCUGCAAGACCACCGAGCUGAAUGGCUCUUCUGUUGCCUCCCUCAGUGGGGAUCAGUCCAGUAUGGACCUGCUGCAGACCAUGUUGGGCCAAGUGGAGGUGGACUUGAAUUCUCUGAGUCCAGAAACGGGGCCGGCAUCGAGACAGAGUCAGCAGACAACGCACAGCCUCACUGGCUUCUCUGUGGCUUUGGUCUCCACUCUGGGACGCCUGGUGCACCUCCUCAAAAAGCGGCAAGAGGAAGCUGAGAGUGCGGCUGAGGAAAGACGGCAGCUGGAGGAGAAGCUGACGGAGCAGCAAGGCCUGAUUGACGCUCUCACCGCUGAGAGCAUGACGCUGCGAGAGGAGACCACCGCUCUGCAGGUCGCGCUGCAGCAGCGGACAGCAGAGCUGGAGAGGAAGUUGGAAAGUGUGGCGUCGGCCAUGGCAACGCGCAUCAACUCUGAUGUCAUCGUUGCAGUUGAACAGCCUGUUGCUAAGCGACCAGUCGUCUCUCCUCUUCCUGCUGUCUGCCUGUCCUCACCUGGAAGUGGCGACUCAUGGCGCCCAAUACCUGACACUGGUCCAUCGCAUCAGGAUGCCUACAACAAACCCGGGGCUCACAGCUCAGCGUCCCAUCCCACAAGCCUUCCUUCCUCGUUGUCACUGACCUCUAACCCUCACCUGUCUCUGGAAGCCAUGGAGGCUGAGAUUGCUCACCUCUGCAGACUUAAAGAUGUGAUCAAAGUGCAAAUUAGUCAAGCUUGGGCUGCCAGUUCGGGUGUUGGAGGGUCGCUGGGCAGCGGCGAGGAACAGAGAUGUUUGCUCUCCAGCGGUGCAACACCUCAAAGUGUCAGAGCCAGCGCUUCUACACUCGGUCAACACAUGAAGCAACAGGGGAUGCCUACCAGUAUCACCCCCAGUGUAAGCAGUGUACAUCAGCGCCUCCUGGAGCUCAACAAGCAAAGUGCAGCAGCCAGGGGACGACUGCUGGAGCUGAUCGAGCAGCAGAAGCAGAAUGUCUCCGCCAAGAUGUCCGUGUCUGCCUCCCCCAUCCCUCCAUCAGCCUUCAGCCCACAGCCAGCAGGUGGAGGAAGCACUGAUAGAGCCUUCCUCAUCCCCGCCGAAGAGCCGCUGUCCAAAGUUGCAGAAGGUGACAGACGAUCACCUGGUUUUGAAGUUCAUUCUCAGCAUUAUGAGGAAGCACAGAGGGAUGUAAGCACACAGAAGGUGGACAAGCGGAGCGUGCCGGGGGGCUGGUUUGCACUCUCCACUCAUGUCAGGUGAUGAGAAGAGGAGCUAAAAACCAUUUUAUUGCUCGUUUUAAUUGGCCGAAAUAAAAGUUUGUUUGUUUUUUU